AUGGAAGCCACAGACUGUGCAUUGAAUUUAGAACACAUCAUUUUUAAAGACAGUAAACAAAGUAAUAUAUAUAGAGGCAAGAUUUUCUCAAAGGUCGCUGAAAUUAAUAAGGCCACCAAAUCCAAAGAAUUACAUUAUGUACUUACAAGUAAAUCAGGUAAUGUAACACAGAGUGCAAAAGAAGAAAGUAACUCAAGUGAUGUUGGUGUCUCAGCUGUUAAUGUUCCACAGUUCAAAGCUCCAAGAUUUAGUAGGAUAAAUCCACCUGCCACAAUGGGAUUUCAGACUGCUUCUUCAUUGUUAUUAUCCAAGGAACAGUCUGUCUCUCCAAAGGACACUGAUAGUGACAAUAACACUUCAUCAGACACAAAAUAUCCAGUUACAUUUCAAACAGCCAGGUCAUUGUUAGUAGAUGGAGCAUCAACAGGUGUUCAAAAAAAGAAAGUGUCUUUCUUGAAAGACACAGAAACGUUUAAAUUUUCAUACUACAGUGAUGCAAGUGCUGAUAGUGAUUCGGUUCCAGAAUCUGCUGUGAGCAAAAAUGUUGAAGUUUGCAAUGAUGAUACAGAUUCUGCAGACAGGACAAAAGCUAGUGACUCAUUUACCUGUUGCUAUGGAGAUAGACUCACCUGUGUCUGUGGAAACAGUUACUGCAAACAAGGACAGUAAGAAAUUUACAUGUGAAAUUGAUCCUUUGGAUGGCGAUGAGAAGAAAAGCAGGGAGGAUUCUAAACAAUGUACGACAGACUCGAUCGAUUAUGUUGAUGGUAAUUGUGCUGCCACCAAGAGGCCACUCCCAGAUGAGG